AUGAAUCUCGCCGUUAUUGGCUGUCCAAUACGCGCUGCCACUCUGGCCAGUCGCUCGUCGACCUGUGUUUGGCAAUCUCUCAUUUCUACCCCAUCGCACUCCGCUCACAGAUGUCGGACAUACAAAUCGAUGACCUGCCGGCAGCAGCAGAGCACAACAAAAUAUUCCAUUAUCCAGGCCCAAUUUUAUCAAAAGUCCCUCACCCAAGCUUCUGUCGCUGCUAGAUCCCCAUAUAUUCGUUAUUCGUCGACUUCCACGACCUCUGCCCCUUCUCAUGACUCUGUUUCAACACCGCAUUCCUCUUCGAAGAGCCCCGUGAACCUAGAUUGGAACUCAUUUUUUACCCUCCGCGCCUCUCGCCGAAAAUAUUCCUUAGUAUCUUCCAUCCUCGCGUCCCUCACUACCACCGCUGUGGGGGCUCAAGUUAUUGCCUCGCAGAAUUUUGAGACUAUGGGCACGCAGAUAAUGGGAUUUGAUCCCUUUAUUGUUUUGGGAUUAACCACAAUUGCCUGUGGAGCGGUAGGCUGGCUGGCUGGGCCUGUUCUGGGAAAUGGGGUUUGGGGCCUGGUAUAUCGAAAAUAUAAAGGUGCCGUUGCAGUGAAGGAAAAGGAGUUCUUUGACAGAAUAAAACGCUUCCGAGUCGACCCAUCGGCGAACUCCUUUGCAAACCCAGUCCCCGAUUACUACGGCGAAAAAAUCGGUAGCGUGCAGGGGUAUCGCCAGUGGCUAAAGGAUCAGAGGGCGUAUAAUAGAAAGAAGCGGAAUUUUGUUUAA